CACAGUUUCCGAGCAGAGGGUGUCCCUACUCCGAUUCUCUCUCUCUCUCUCUCUCUCUCUCUCUCUCUCUCUCUAAACCCCUUCUAUCUCCUCUUUCAUGUCGGUGGCCGCGAAUUCGAUGCGGUCCCCAAGUUAAUCUUUUUCUUUUUUUGGUGUAGUGUGUGCUUAGAUUGGUUCUUCAAGUGGUUGAUGUUGGAAAAAUGCUUUUUUUGGGGGAAAGUUUUGUCAAAAUGGAGAAGAUUUAGGGUUUUUGUGAGUUGGGAGAGGUUUUGGUUUUGUGACGCAGUAAGAGCUCAAGAGUUUGGAGAGUGUAGGAUGAGAUCGCGUGGAUGUUUUACUCUGAAGAAUGUGGUGUAUGUUGGCGGAGAUUUGGUGGAUUCAGGGUUUUGUCAUUUGAGAAAUUGUAGUUAUAACUUGUUUUGGUGAAGUUGGUAGUGGAUUAAAGUGUGGAAUAUAAGGUGUUGAGUAUCUUAGGGUGGAAUGUAGCUUGAUUUGUGCUCCUUUUUCUUGUUACUGUGGUUUAGAUUCGGUAGAAUCUAUGUAACAGGGUUAAAAAUCGUAGCUUUGACACAAUUGAUGGGAAAAAAUUUGGUUUAAGUAGUUGAUUUUGGCGAAGAACACAGUCAUUAUUUGGGCUGGGCAUUUGAUCGAAAAUGCCGAGCAUUAGACCUCCUGCUUCAAAGCAAACUGCAACUUUAUUGGUUGCAGUUAAAUGCCGGCCAUUGACCGGAGCUGAAAGGCAGCGAAGCCGUCAUAUUAUUCAAGUGCUUGAUGAUAAGAAUGUAGUUGUUUUGGACCCUGAUCUGUCAAAGGACUACCUUGACCUCAUCCAGAAUCGGACGAAAGAGAGAAGAUACAGUUUUGAUCAUGUAUAUGCACCCGGAUGUACCAAUGCGGAUGUGUAUAAGAACAUAUCGUCAACAAUCGCUGGGGUCAUUCAAGGUCUUAAUGCAACUGUAUUUGCAUAUGGUUCUACCGGAAGUGGCAAAACAUAUACGAUGGUUGGCACUCGAAAGGACCCUGGUCUUAUGGUUCUGAGUUUGCACACAAUUUUUGACCUUAUUAAAAAAGAUGAGAGCUCUGACACCUUUGAAGUCUCCUGUUCUUAUCUUGAAGUAUAUAAUGAAGUUAUCUAUGAUUUGCUAGAGAAGUCAUCAGGCCACUUGGAGCUUCGAGAAGACCCUGUGCAUGGCAUUAUAGUUGCUGGUUUAAGAAGUAUUAAGGUUCAGUCAGCUGAUAGGAUUCUUGAACUUUUGAAUCUUGGGAACAGUAGGCGCAAAACAGAGAGCACAGAAGCCAAUGUAACCUCAUCACGUUCACAUGCUGUACUGGAGAUCACUGUGAAGCGGAAACAGAAAAACCAAUAUGGAGCUCAGAUCCUGCGUGGAAAACUAGCAUUAGUUGAUCUUGCUGGCAGUGAAAGGGCCUCUGAAACAAAUAGUAACGGCCAAAAGUUUAGAGAUGGAGCCAAUAUUAACCGUUCACUUCUUGCUUUGGCGAAUUGCAUCAAUGCCCUGGGCAAGCAACACAAAAAGGGUCUUGCGUACGUUCCUUAUCGCAACAGCAAAUUGACCCGCAUACUAAAGGAUGGACUUAGCGGUAAUUCUCAAACUGUUAUGGUUGCUACAAUAUCACCUGCUGAUGAUCAGUAUCACCACACCAUCAAUACACUGAAAUAUGCUGAUCGUGCUAAGGAGAUCAAAACACACGUGCAUAAAAACAUUGGGACGGUUGAUACUCAUGUUGAGGACUAUCAGAAAAUGAUUGACAAUCUUCAGGUUGAGGUUUGUCGGUUGAAAAAGGAGUUAGCAGAGAAAGAAUCACAAUUAAGCAUAAGGCCAACUGAAACAGCUGCGGACAAUGAGCUGUCCUGGUUGAAUAUUUUGAGCCGUGAAAUUAGUGAGAAUGUUCAGGAACGUAUAAACCUACAGAAGGCACUAUUUGAGCUUGAGGAGACCAAUAUACAUAACCGCAUUGAGCUCCAACAUCUUGAUGAUGCUAUUGCCAAACAACAGGUCCAAGAAAAGGAUGGAACAGUUCUACAAGCGCUAAAAUCUAGGAGACAGCUCAUUCUUGAUAAUAUUCGGGAUAACGAUGAGGCUGGUGCUGGUUACAAGAAGGAUAUUGAACUAAAUGAGAAACGUCGGUGUCAACUUCAAGAUAUGAUUGAGGAAGCCAUUAGUAAUAAUGGGAACAAAACUUAUCUGCAUAUUCUCAGCCAGUACAGGCUUCUUGGAAUGGCCAAUGCGGAGCUUCAAUUUGAGAUGGCUAUGCGUGAUCAAGUGAUACACAACCAAAGAGAAGCUCUGAGGAACCUCUGGAACAUGCUUUUUGGAUUAGGGCUUAAUCAGAAGCAGAUAAUGGAAUUGGCUGCUAAGCAAGGGUUAACAAUAGAAGGCUAUGCUACUCCAAAUGCAAAUUCCGGUGGGGCAAAGCUUUCAUCUUUGCUUUCUCAUGGAAAAAUGUCACCAUUCAUGUCAUAUCCUGGCCCCGUUGCUCCACCAUAUACUCCAACUACCUGCUUCUUCCAACAACAUCAAGGCUUUAGCUCUACGGCCUUUCUAAGAGGCCACCAAGAUACUAGUCCCAUUUGUAGAGAGGAGCACCGAAGUUCGUAUUACAUGCUGUCCCAGGACUACUCUCACACAUUAAACACUCCCCUUGGAAAUCAGUGGACCAGUCAAAGAUCAGGUGCAUGUUUUUCCACACCCCAAAAACUUGCUCAAGAAACACGAAGCUUCUACCCACCAGCUAUAAGUGAUGCAUGCCGCUGCAGCAAUGAACAGCUUGCAUCUUAUUCUUGUAGUGAAAGCUUUGGGCGGCAAACAAAGGAAUCAUUGUUUUGUAGUGGACAAAACCUAAACCAAGUUUCACCUCACGGAGUAGGUAACGCACACCGAUGCGAGGAUUUUAUGAGGCCUGAUGGUACGAACUGUGGGCUAUGUGGAAAAUCACCUCCAAGAUCGGUUGGCUACUCGCAAGAAAUCCAGAUUUAACCAAAUUGUCGCUCUACGAAGCCAUGACACCAAGGUCUUUUAAUCACCGUGGGUCCUGACAUGGUUGUAUUUUUUUUCUAUAUUUGUAUAGUUAUUAUUUUCUCCCUAUGUUUUUUUGUAAAAAAAAAUCCUUUGUUGUAUAGUUUGGAGAUUGGGUGCUGGUUUUGACUGUUCCUCCCUGUAAAUUCUCUUUGUAAUGCUACCCUUUACUGUUCAUCUGUAUUUUCUUACCUUAUCGUUUUCGAAUA